GGCUGCGCGACUUAUGCCUGGUUUCGUGGUGAGGGUUUUUUUUGAUGGGACGGUGCACGAAGAUUUUUUGUUUUGCCGUCCCCUGACUACCCGUACCAGAGGAGAGGACAUCUUCAACCUGGUUAACAACUUCAUGACCACUCACGACAUUGAUUGGGAAAAGUGCGUGGGGAUAUGCACUGAUGGGGCGAAAGCGAUGACGGGCCACUACACCGGUCUUGUGGCCCAUAUCAAAAAGGUGUGCCCAUCCGUCCAGUGGCUACACUGCAGUGUCCAUCGCGAGGCCCUAGCAGCCAAGAACAUGCCAGCCGAUCUGCUGUCUGUGCUAAAUGACGCCGUGAAGCUGGUGAAUUUCAUCAAGGCUCGCCCGCUGAAUUUGAGGCUCUUCACGUUUCUGUGCAAUGAGAUUGGCAGCGAGCACAAGGCAUUGCUGCUGCACACAGAAGUGCGCUGGUUGUCCCGUGGCAAAGUGCUCACAAGGCUCUUCGAGCUCCGACACGAGCUGCAGGUGUUUUUCGAGAGCAACCCCUUUGUUUUGUCUUCUAAGCUGCACAAUGAAGACUUUCUGACGAAGCUCGCCUACCUGGCUGACAUUUUUUCCACUCUAAAUGAACUGAAUCUUGGCCUCCAGGGAGUCAGUGUGACAGUAUUUAACACUCAAGAGAAAGUCGAGGCAAUGAUCAAGAAGCUGCGGUUCUGGGCUACCUGUGUGAGUGGGAACACACUCCUGUGUUUCCCUACACUUCACGACUUCUUGGGGGAAAACGAAGUGGUUCUGGGCGAAGAAACGAAACGCAUCGUAAUUGAACACCUCAACCACCUCGCGGAGGAGCUACGAAAGUACUUCCCACCCAUGGAUACUCAACCCUGGAUUCGUAAUCCAUUUGACGUUUCCAUCCCUGUCCCGCACCUGAAGUUUCACCAACAGGAACAGCUCAUUGAACUGUCAAGUGAUGGAGCGCUACAGCAGCUGUUAAAACGAAAGCCGCUGGUGGACUUCUGGGCUGCGUUAUUGCGCUCCUACGAAGACCUGGCGAAACUGGCGCUGAAGAGUUUGAUGCCCUUUGCGACGACUUAUCUUUGCGAGACCGGAUUCUCUGCUUUGACAGCUGUCAAAACUAAAUAUAGGCAAAGACUGGGGGAUGUGGAGAAAGAUUUGAGGCUCAAGUUGUCCUCGGAUUACUCCGAAGAGUAA